UCAGUUUAAAAUCAUCUCACGUUCUCGUUUAAGUAAGCAAGUCAGAGAGGGACCCCUGUUUAGUAGAUGCCUGUUGUGACCUUUUUCCUCCCAUCUGGAUAACAGAGUCAUUUACUUGCAAGCGUCCCUGCCAACUUUGGCCCUCUAAAGAUGUCUGGAAACCAAAACAACACAAAUGGAAGUCAGUGUUCACCUGAACCAGGGAGUUUGAUCUUCACUUUGGGUUCACAUUACAUCCUGGUCAUCAGUGUGUUUGGAAUUAUCUUUAAUGUGUUUGUGCUGAUGGUUUUCUGCCUCCACAAGAAGGCCUGCACUGUGGCUGAGAUCUACUUGAGCAACCUGUCUGGAGCUGACCUUAUUCUGGUGUGCUGUUUGCCCUUCUGGGCUGAAUAUGUACGAAAGGGAAAUAACUGGUCCUUCACUGAGAGCCUGUGCAAAGUGGUAACUGCCGCAAUCAAAAUGAAUGCAUCCUGCAGCAUCUACUUCCUUGUUCUGGUUAGCAUAGAUCGUUAUGUGGCACUGGUGUACCCUCUUUCCAAUGAGAAGAUACGUAGGCCAUUUUAUGCCAAACUGGGAUGUCUGUUUGUGUGGGGUCUUGGCUUGGUCUUUGCUCUCCCUGCAUUAAUUGAUAGGAAGUUAGUUACACUUCCAUCAAAUGUUACUAUAUGUACAUUUGACUACACAGAGAAUCAAUAUCUGGUGUCUGAGGGGAUGAACAUAAUGUUCAGCUUCAUCAUCCCUGUUUCUAUUAUUUCCUUCUGCACUCUCAAGAUUAUUAGAGCACUGAGAAACAGACUAAUGGAAAGUUUAAACACUCAAAGAACGGAGCAGAAGACCAACACUCUCAUCCUGGCAGUUCUCCUGGCAUUCCUGAUCUGCUGGGGUCCAUUCCACCUGAGCAGGAUACUUGACGUGUUCGAAAAAGUUGACAUUCUGAGUUGUCACAUCAUAAUGACCAUCUACAAAUACAUCUCUCUAUACUUAGCCUUCUUCAACAGUGUCCUUAACCCCAUUCUCUAUGUCAUCAUUGGAAAAACAUUCCAGAAAAGAGCAACGGAACUCUUCAAGCAGUGGGAAUAUAAGAGAACAAGCAGAGCCAGCCUCAUGUCCAUACGCACACGUGUCACAAGUUUUAAAUUAUCUGAGAAUGGUUCAAGGUGAACAGCAGGAUUGUGAUCUUUUGAGCUUUGAUGAUUUUAUAUAAUGAUAAUUAUUUACCCAGGCAUAAGAGAAAAUAUUAUUGUUUAUGUAAUCUGAAUACAUGGGGUUUAUUUAACAUUAUUUAUGUAACACUGUUUCUUCAGAAACCAAUAUCCAGACAUAUAUGCUGAUUAUUAGGUCCGAUGUUGAAGGGGCGUCAGUCUGAUUCUGCUUGAUGUAAUAAUGUUUGAGCACUCUGAGUGUUUUUCCAGCUGGAACAUAAUUUAUGCAUUUAGUUAAGAGAAGGAAGGGUGCUAGUUCUGUUGACUCUGAUGUUCCAUGUUUUUAUUCUACUUUUCCUAGAGAGGUCCUAUUAUGCUUUUUCUUAUUUUCAGUCAUAUGCAGUAUGUGCCAGUACAGUAGUGGAUACUCAUGUUAAUUCUCACAAAACUUUCAAAUACUGAAGUGAACAUAUUUGAAAGUAACACUGGAGCAUUUAGAGUCUUGACUGUGCAUAAUGUCAGUGAGAGUGAUUUGUCAUCUCAGGCACACAGCUCUGGCUGUGAACACAGCAGCCACAACCAACUACUGUUCAAGUCUUUUUUUUUUUUUUCUUUUUUUUUGUGAGGAGCAGCCAACCAGAAUCAAUUUGGUUUGGAAAGAAGGAGCUACAACAGCUUGUUUCAUACACAGGAUGAAACCGAGGACUUCACCAAGGCCAGUAUAAGAUAAAUGAGGAUUCCUUUGGACUGUGAAUCAGACAAAGCUACUCUAGUUAAGUCCUAGAAUAAAAACGUAGCUGGAAACAAACUGAAAAAAAUCCCUUUUACUGUCUUGGGCUUUGUUUCAAGUUUCUAGAGAAUCUAAACUAAGAUAAUGGAGAUGAUCUUGUUACACCCCUCUGCAAUCCCUACUCUGUUUGUAGUGGCAGUGAGGGAGUUUCAGGCGCUGCCUGUGCUAAUUGCUGAUUAUCUGCACCUGAUGAGGUGUGGCUAAAGGCAUGUAUAGGUCAGAUUUGCAGGGCUCACCACUUUUCCCUCUUGUGCUCUCUCGGUUGCAAUGGUUUUAAUAAUGCUUACCAAGCAACAAAAUAAA